CCUUCCGAGGAAAAGCUGAGUGGAAGUCUCCCAUCAGCUUUGGGUGUUGCCGAGGAGGAUCGGUCACCUUGACUGCCGCGCUUGAACCGAUCCAUCGAAUCUCCGUCUGUUGCUGGAAGGCACGAUUGAGAAAUCACGGGGAGAAGAGGAGUCUGACGAAAUCCAGCAAGCUGCAACUGCUGCUUCCAGACCAGCAGUGCUGUCAAAGCCUGGCCCCCUGUCGUACCGUUCGUCGCUGUCAGCAGUCAACCGGCUUAGCGUUUAGAGUUUGAACCGGGGGGGCCCGUGAGGAAAUCGGGGCAGAAGGACAUGCAUAUACUCAUUUGUCCCUCCGCGUCACCCCCUUGCACACCUGCACUGCUGUACGCCCACACUUACUGUCUCCGAACUCGACACGUCCACCACCACCACCAUCUCACGAUACUGCUGGCUUCUAGAGGGCUCCUCGGUGCUCGUGCUUGUGUUCUACUGUGCCUCGGGCGGACGUGUCUUGUUCGGAGGUCUUGUUCGGAGAUCGACCAUGUCCGUGAUGGUGCUUUCUCGUCCAUUGGAUGUACGAUCCGACGAUCGGGAGCGCGUGCUCGCCAAGAUUCAGGCGUUUGUCGUCGACUGGCUGGACCAGCUGGCCGGUGGGGAUCUCCCAUCCUUCGAAGAGCAAAGUACCAAAGACAACGACGACAGCCUUGAGGACGACGACGACGAUGACAGUCCGGGGGUGCUGGGCUUUGACAAAUCACGGCAAGGAGCGGCCUCUGUUCUAUCGCUGCCAACCUCCAGGUCGUUGGCGAAACGGCUGGUGCUGCCAAGGCAGGGCGCGGGCGAGAGCGAAAUUGCGAGGUCAAUUAAUACCUGCGUAAGCUAUGCGAG